AAACAUAUACUAGAGCGUCAAAGCGGAGAGUCGAGGAAGGCGUUCAGCUCUUCUUUGUCUGCCGUUGCAUUUGGAAAGUCUGCAUAUGACUGCAAGCCGGACCUUUUGGCCCCAGCACUCUCACUAGGCUUGCCGAUUCCAAGCAGGAUGAGUAGCCUGCCCACCUCCGCCGCCUCGGGCGUCUACGAAGUGGAGGCCUCGGACGUGAUCAAACUCAUCCUUCAAUUUUGCAAGGAAAACAAUUUGCACAGGACACUCCACACCCUUCAGUCGGAAUCCCAGGUGGCCAUGAACUCGGUGGACUCUAUGGAGAAUUUUCUCAGCGACGUUACCCAAGGAAGGUGGGACAGUGUUUUGCCUCAAGCGGCGGGGCUUCAACUACCCCAAGACAAACUGCUGGCGCUCUAUGAGCAGGUCUGUCUCGAACUCAUCGAAAUGCGUGAAACGGAACUGGCCCGGGAAAUGUUGCGAACGACAGAGCCAUUACAGCUUUUAAAAACUCAAGACCCGGACCGUUACUUUCGGUUGGAAACAUUUUUGAACCGCAAGAUCCACGACGCGCAGGAGCUGUAUGCCUACGGCCUCAACAAGGAGCGGAGACGGCAGGAGAUCGCCGACAGCCUCGCCGUCGAAGUCUCCGUCGUUCCCCCUUCCCGCCUUCUUGCCCUCUUGCAGCAGGCCUUAAGGUAUCAGCAACUUCAAGGAAACCUGCCCAAGGACCGGCGUUACGAUCUUUUUCGAGGCAGCGCCCGCUCCGCGGGGAAGGACGAGGCGGAACGGCCCCCUAAGAAGCAGGCGGGCCAAAUCAAAUUCGGAUCCAAAACACACCCAGAGUGCGCGCGUUUCUCCCCUGAUGGCCUGCAGCUCGUCACGGGUUCUUUGGAUGGCUUUGUGGAAGUGUGGGACCCGGACACCUGCCGGCUUCGGAAGGACCUGCCCUACCAAGCCCGGGAAGAAUUGAUGAUGCACGACGCGGCGGUCUUGGCCCUGGCGUUCUCCAGGGACGGAGAGAUGCUGGCGACGGGGGACACGGACGGGGCUGUCAAGGUAUGGAAACUGAGCAGUGGGAAGUGCCUCCGCCACCUUCCCCACGCCCACAGCAAAGGCAUUACCUCCCUGGCGUUUUCCCGAGAUUCCUUGCAGCUGGCGACGGCGUCGUUCGACGGGACCGCGCGCUUGCACGGGGUCAAGGCAGGCAGGGUUUUGAAGGAGUUCCGGGGGCACUCCUCCUUUGUGAACUGCAUCUGUUUCACCCAAGACGGGAGCCGCCUCUUGACUGGCAGCAGCGACGGCACGGUCAAAGUGUGGGACGCCCGGAGCAGCGAAUGCCUCCACACCUUCCGACCGGGGGUGGAGUCCGCGGUCGAUCUGGAGGCGAUGGUGCAUACGGUCCUGCCCUUGCCAGGGGGAGCUGACUUGUUUUUUAUCGCCAACCGGACCUCCACGGCCUAUGUGACGACGGCACAGGGGCAGGUGGUGAAAAGGAUGUCGAGCGGGAAGAAAGUAGGGGGGGAUUUCGCCGCGGCCGCCCUGAGUCCCAAGGGUACUUUUGCGCAUUGUGCGGGGGAGGACGGGAUAGUGUAUUCUUUUCAGCUGGGGAAAGGGGAUUUGGAAAGCUUUGUGAAGGUGGGGGAGAAGGAAGUGAUCGGGGUGGCCCACCACCCGCACCGGAAUUUGGUGGUGACGUUUGGGGACGAAGGCGUGCUCAAGGUGUGGAGGGCGUGA